GGAAGUUUACUUGGUGAGUUAAUGCACAUCUCAAAGCUCGCACUGAUCAACUGGGUGGUGCAGAUUAAUGGAAGAGAGUGGAACUGAAAGGACAUGACAACUAACACUGCCUGACAAAACAAGGGCACUGUUAAGAUCUACAUGCUCUGUACUUUGAAGGAAAGGGGAAUGUGAAAGGAAUCUAACAGCAGCAGAUGUAGCAGCUGCAAUAACAGCAGUAUUUGUAAACGCCAAAGUCCACCCCCCCCCCACAAAGCUGCACUUGCAGAAGUGUCAAAGCUUUGCUACAUAAGGGCAACAAGGCGGAGAAAACUUAGAAGAAACAGCAGACAAAAUCAAAAUUGAAUUUAAAGUGAAUUGUAACUUCAAGGCAAUGGGUAAGGGAAGUGGUACGAUAGGAAGCUGAAAUGGAAGCAGAGCAGGAAAAAGCACUUUUUGACAGACAGAUGCACAGAAAUUUAUUCACAGCUUUCAAGUUGUAUGCAGCUGUUUACCAUUUUCCAAGUUUGUCUACGGCAAAUUAAUCUUUGUAUAAAGUGAGGAAAGGUGGCUGGUCUAAACUGAACAGUGUAUGCUUCACAUGGUAUAAUGACUGAACUGCAUUGCAAAACACCUUAAGCAUCAUCUCACAAAGCAAAAACUCGUGUUAGUUUUAGACUACAAAUCACUUUAACUGGGUAUGAAUAUGAUAACAAAAGCAAUAUUUGUAAUUACUUUGGCAAUUCAUGAAGUAAUGUGAAGGAGACUGGUUUCUUGGGAUAGCUGUUAACUUCAAAACAUCAUUUAAUUUCAUUUUUGCAAGGGUCUGCAAGAUGAAUCUUUGAAACAGGUGUUUUUGUUUUUCUUUUCAUUUUAUUACCUUGAGAAACCUGCCAUAAAAAAAAUGACAGGGGACAGUGUGCCGAGCCAAGGAAAGAACAGCAAAAGAGUGGGAAUGGAUAAUUGUUCCGGAUCUCAAGGUGUGAGAAUGAGGGCAGACCUAGAUGAUGCUGAAGAAAUGAAGCACAGAAAGUCAAGAUGGGAUCACUCCUGGACAGAAGGACAUGCAUUUUCUGAAGAAGAACGUGUAGUGGAGAAGCGCAAAAAGUCUGCUGAAAUGUUUGAAGAUCAGAAGGCCUCUGCUGACUCUGUUCAGAAGGUAAAGGCAGCAGUAAAGAAACACCAGCACAGACACAGCCUGAAAAACAGAUAUGAGUUUCUAGAGACCCUAGGAAGGGGCACAUAUGGGAAAGUCAAGAAAGCCGUGGAGAAAGGGACAGGAAGAACAGUGGCCAUAAAAUUAAUCCAGAAAGAGAAGAUAACAGAUGAUUUGGACCGUGUUCACCUCCAGAGGGAGAUUGAGAUCAUGUCAUCACUCAAGCACCCCAACAUCAUUCAGAUCUAUGAAGUGUUUGAAAAUAAGGAUAAGAUAAUCAUUGUCAUGGAAUAUGCCAGUGUUGGGGAACUGUAUGACUAUGUGAAUGACAGACUCCGAAUUACUGAGAAUGAAGCCAGGAUUUUUUUCCGACAAACUGUGUCAGCCGUACACUACUGCCACAAGAAAGGGGUGGUUCAUCGAGACCUGAAGUUAGAGAACAUCCUCCUAGAUGAACACCGAAGAGUAAAGCUUGCUGAUUUUGGACUGUCUACUCUUUACAAGAAGGGACAAAUGCUGAAUACGUACUGUGGUAGUCCAUUAUAUGCAUCACCAGAGGUGGUAAAUGCACUGCCAUACCAAGGACCAGAGGUUGACUGUUGGGCCCUGGGAGUUCUGCUCUAUGCCUUGGUUUAUGGAAGCAUGCCAUUUGACAGCUACGACUACAGGACUCUGACAGAUCAGAUAAGUAGUGGCAGAUACAGACAGCCUCCAAACCCUUCAGAUGCAUGUGGGCUGAUUGACUGGAUGUUGAAUGUAAAGGCAGAGGGAAGAGCAACAAUAGAAGAUAUUGCAAACCACUGGUGGGUGAACUGGGGUUAUGAUGACUCAGUCUGUGACUGUGAUUCUAGUUCUGAGUGUCAGUCCCCACUACUGGCUCGAUACAUUGACUGGCAAAACAGACCCCAGUUGGAAAUGCAGCCAAAGGAGAAGGAAGAUGAAUCUGACCAGGAAACAAGUUCCAAGAGUCACAGCUCUCCUCUUAGAAGACUGGAAAAGUAUGGAAGUUGCUUGAAGAAAUCAAAGAAAGAAAAUGAUAUGAAACACCCACAGCAAGUAAUUGUUUCUAUGACUGUAGAGAAGAAACCAAAGGGAAUAUUGAAAGCAAGAAGCAGUUUUGACAGUGCCUUUCUUCCUUCCACUUUCAAUGAAAGUCUGUCUCACCUCUGCAGUUCAGCUGUACAGGAAGCAGAUUCACCAACCUUAAAUGAACUAGAUGGCUUCUAUAAAGCCCCGACAGAACUAAAUAAUACUCUGACUAAAAUGCCAAAAAAAGGGAUUCUGAAGAAAACAUGUCACAGGGAAUCAGGUUAUUCAUCUUCACCAGAAAGAGGGGAGCCACUACAUUCAUCUUUAGAAGUAGCAAAGCAAGAGAAAGUCAUUAAAUCAGACAAAGCUAUUUGCCAUCGGAAGGGAAUUCUUAAACGUAAUGGAAAAUUUUCAACCAGCCUUGAACUUGCAGAAGACAAUUUUACCAUAUCAUUGUCUGAUUCUUUUAAUGAGCUGUUGUUAUCCAGUGGGGGGCGGCCAAAGAUUCUCAGCCGUCCUCCAAGUGUUAUUAGCGAUGACAGUCUUUUGUCAAGUGACUCCUUUGACCUCUUAGACAUGGCAGCAGAAACCAAAAGGCAGCUGUUUGCCCACAGCCCAGGGAAUCUUACUUUCAGUUCUGCAUCAAAAGAAGACCUUGCUAGUUUAGAUGACCGGGACUUUUAUGACAUGUACAGUAAUACUACUGAUGGAUACCUAGAUAAGAAUUUUACAGUAAAGGACCUUAGACAGCAUAAUACUAUAUGAAAAAAGAUGGAUGAAAUACUGCCAGAUAUGUAAUUAAAAUCAGGCAACUCUGAUUACUUGACAUAUCUUUCAGCAUCAUGUGUGGCACAUUUUAUGUUUGUCUAGCAAUGUUGUCAAUGGCAAUAACUCAUUUUACUCACUUCAGUAAAGCAAAUAUGUCGAGUGAUCCAGGCAUAGUCUGCAUUUAAAUGUUUAUUCAUACUUGGAAAAUAAAGAUUCUGAAUAUUUUGAUAUAUAACAGUUCUUGUACAAGUUACUAACUCCAAAAGAUAAUUCAGCAGAAAUGUCAAAGCGGUUUCAUUGUUUAAAACAUAUUCACUUAAUAAAAUCAGUUACAUGUUUUUUGUAAAAAAAAAAAAAAAAAACUGCAAAUGAAUUACUUCUGAAUAUGUACAUUAUCUGUAAUGCAGACUCUAAAACAGUAACCAGCAUUUUUCAUGUUGAGAAUUUGUAACAUCAACAUAUUGUCAAACCCUUGAUCUCAGCGUAUGUGAACUAGAUUAAUAAAAUAGAUCUUGUAUGGAA